CCGGCAUCGCCCCGAAAGGCCACGGCGCUUAAGGUGGCCUUGGCGACGGAUCGGAGCGGCUCCCGGGGGCGAUGAGUGCCUCGCGUCCGCCUGGGGGCGUUUAAGAAACGACAUGGAAGCGGUUGGAAAAUUUGAAUUCAGCAGGAAAGAUCUGAUCGGGCAUGGAGCUUUUGCUGUGGUCUUCAAAGGGAGGCACAAAGAGAAGCCCGAAGUUGAAGUGGCCAUCAAAUGCAUCAACAAGAAAAACUUGGCGAAAUCCCAGACUCUCUUGGGGAAGGAGAUCAAGAUAUUGAAGGAACUGAAACAUGAUAACAUCGUGGCUCUCUACGACUUCCAGGAAAUGGCAAACUCCGUUUAUUUGGUGAUGGAGUACUGCAACGGUGGGGAUUUGGCUGACUAUUUGCACAGUAUGAGAACUCUCAGCGAAGACACAAUCCGUCUCUUUUUCCAGCAAAUUGCAGGCGCCAUGAGAGUUUUGCAUAGCAAAGGCAUCAUUCACAGGGAUCUCAAGCCCCAGAAUAUUCUGCUUUCCUUCACAGGCAGCAAGAAGUUGAACCCGAAUAACAUCCGGAUCAAGAUCGCUGAUUUUGGAUUUGCACGGUACCUACAGAAUAAUAUGAUGGCGGCGACGCUAUGCGGGUCUCCCAUGUACAUG